AUGAAGCUUCAGCUUCAAUCUGAAGUGGACCAGGCCAACGCCAAACAGCCCCCACGUGAUACGAAGGGCUUAUUCAAGAAAGCAUGCUCGACUGAUCUGCUGUUCCUGAUCGAUACCACAUAUUCAAUGAAGCCAUAUCUCGACUCUGCCAAGGAGCAGGUCAGAAGCAUUGUGCUUGACAUCAAACGGAUCUAUUUCAACGAAUCUGAGGUGCGUAUUGCCGUGGUCAGCUACAAGGACCACCAAUCCACAACCAACGUCGAGUUUCUUGAUUUUACAACAUCAACGGAACGAGUCUUUCGUUUCCUAGACGGAUUGUACGCUGAUUCGGGACACGACUUGCCCGAAGAUGUUCUUGGUGGCAUCGACCAGGCGCUGCGGGCAUCAUGGAACCAACAAACGCGAUGUAUGAUCCACAUUGCGGAUGCACCACCACACAGUCAUGGAUUGCAUGACCUAAGCAGCGAGGACGACGACUACUACAUGCCGGGCAGCGAGCCGCAUGGCCUUACCUACAAACCGCUCCUUAGUAAGCUAAUCCACCUCAAGAUCACCUAUGUCCUGCUUCGCAUCGAGCUGUACACCGACCGCAUGGCUUUGGCUUUUGCUCAGGUCUAUGGGCAGCGUAACGCGAAGCUACACACUUCCAACACAUACUACUCUCGUCUCAAGUCAGAAGGUAGCGAUAGAUCAAGCAUGAGUAAUGAUCGCGUAUCCGCCAUGGAGCCGCAAUUUGAAGAACACCAGCUUGGUAUCGAGUACGGUAAUAUUCAACACCUUGUGGUCAGGAGUGUCACCAAUUCAGUUUCCAGAACGGCAGGUCGCCUCUCGAUGACAUGGAGUACAGCGACCAAGAUUGGCGAAGUUGGGUUUUCUCAAAGUCUCGAAGAUAUUCAGGAAGAGAAAAGUGUUGGUAGCCGCAGUAGCCACACUGACCUGAAAGGCUCCAUCGAGAAGGUUUCACCACAGUGGACGAAUCCAGGCUGGUUCGAAAAGACAUUCGAGAUGCAAGGUUUCUGCCCUGCAGCCGUGAUACACGAUAGUAAGACGCUGAGUUGCAUGAUGGCCGCGGAUGAGAACAUCAAGCUGGACGUUGUAGACCUUACAGUUCAAGCUCGAUCGAAGCCGUUUGCGCAAGGCAGUGUUCGAAACGCAUUUUAUGCCCGAACUGCGACAUCACACAGUCGCUUCGUGCUGAAGUCGUUUAUCAGAGGCACCAAUGACAACCGUCCCAAAGUAAUCGAGGACAUGCGGAUUCAGGCAAUGUGCAAAGCUUUUGCUCUCGAGUUCAAUGGCCUCCUCGAUAUCGAACCUCCUCUGGACUUCAUCGUAACGUCCUGCCUGCAGACCAGGUCGAAAACCUCUCCAGGGCCUAAGGGUGGAUGUAUGUCGCUUGAGCGCUUCGUGGGAAGCGAAUAUAUCAAGUACAACAACAACGGCGGCUGGGUAAACGAAGAUUUGUCUGGCGACACAUUCAAUCAGAUGGCCCAAGCGUUUUCGCAUUUCACUUUCGAGCGCUCAUGGGGACUGUUCUUGGUUAACGACCUUCAAGGAGUAAACCAUUUACUGACUGAUCCAGCCAUCCAGACUAGCGACGAGGAGCGGUUCAAGCUGCAUGAGACAAACCUGGGCGAGUCGGGCUUCAAAUUUUUCUUUGCUGGGCACGAGUGCAAUACAUUCUGUCGCGAGUUAGGCCUGAAGAGCAACCGAGAGAUGUUUGAAACAGGCAGCUUUGACUUCAGAAAGGAGUGGCCGAGUAUGGCUCCCACGGUGUGUUGCUCUAACAAGUUCUGUCGCAGCAUCAUACGCGUGGCCAAUUCCUCCGAGUCUGUGGAUUUUCCUGGCCAUCAGUGGUGUGGCAUAUGCUGGAAGCAACUGAACAAUCCUACUGUUCAAUAUUCGUGCAUCGAAGAUGGUCCAAAGCAUGAAUUUGAGGUGUCAGAGUUCUUCUACGAGUCGCAGGGUCAGUUCCCGCCACGCAAAUGUCCUGAUCACCGCGAGAAGGAUGUCACAGAAGCCAGCGCCGGAUCAGCUGGUGAGAAGAUGUGGAACAGGAUGAAGUCUGCAGGCUCAAAGGGGUCGCUGCUAGGGAACAAAUGGUAA